UAGUAUUAUAAUACCAAUUUUAUAUUCGUUAAAGACGUUAAUACCACUAGCUGCUUUCUAAAGGCAGCAUUACAAUAUAUUUUACGUAUAUCAAAUAUUGCAAUAUAUUACGGAGCUGCUUUUUGUGAAGGCAGUCAGUCUUACAUUGGGUUUGUUUAACUUCGAUUUCAUCACACAAGGAACUAUUCCAAUAAAGAAAAAAACUGUGAAAAGUAAUAGUGAUUUGUUAAAAUUGUUUAUAUGUGCAAGUGUGCUUAAUACAUUUAAAUACUCAAGAUAAACGCAAGUAGCUGAUUCCUUUCUAGAUACGUUCUAAGAUACUCCUGCAUCUGAUACAAGCGAACCAUCCAACAAAAAACCUAAAGUACACAUAACAACUAACAACGAUUUAGAUUUAAGUCUUAAUCCACACUAUGCGACGAAGGAUUUUACAAAUAUGUUGACAACAGUUUGGAACUCAAAUCAGGAAAAUGAUUACAAACACGAUAAGAGUGAUGCGGAAGUAUAUUUUAAACCAUUUCAAAUAUGUCUUAUGCCAAAGCUAUUGCAGGAUAAAAAUAGUUGCAGGAAAUUAGUUGAUGAAAUGGUACACAAAGUACACUGGUCAAGAAAACAGAUGGACUUAUAUGAAUUUUAUCAAAGCACCGACCUCUCGAACAUGUCAGAAUGUAAAUAUUUAACAAAUUUUUUAUAUAUGUUACGUCGUAAUGUACGUCCCUGGUUGGAGAAGGUAACUAAUCUAAAAUUGGAUUAUGUAUCGGCAUCCUGUUCAAUGUACACCUGUGGUGAUUUUUUGCUGGUUCAUGAUGAUCUAUUAAAAGAUCGUCAAAUUGCUUUUAUAUAUUACCUUUCUCCUUGGACUAAUGCUGAGGAAUGGACCGAAGAACAAGGAGGCUGUUUAGAAAUUUUUAACAGCGAUGAAAGUUUUUUUCCACAAUUUCCUGUUAAUCGAAAAAUUUCGCCAAAGAAUAAUCAAUUUGCGUUUUUCAAAGUUGGUUCGCGUUCAUUUCAUCAAGUCGGCGAAGUAACUAAUUUUGAUUAUCCGCGUUUGACAAUCAAUGGUUGGUUUCAUGGCACGUCGAACGAUGAACUUAUAGCAAACUCCUUGCGACCAUUAAAUGAUAUAAUAUUUAAAGUACCAGAAGAUGUUCAAGUGAAUGUAGCCGAAAUUGUAAAUGAAGUGUACAUUACACCUGACACUUGUGCCAAGAUACAGGAACGUAUCGAAACCAAUUCAGAAAUUUGUCUGUACGAAUUUUUUAAACAAGAAAUAUUUGAAGCUGCUUUAAAACAAUUAAAAACGGACGAUUCACUUAUUUGGCAGUGUCAGGGUCCAGCUAAUGCACGUUAUUAUGAAAUCUUACAGCUAAGCUCAGCAAGUAGUACAUUAGACGACAUUAUAAAAUUAUUCUCUAGCAAAGAAAUGUUUGCUUUGUUGCGCAAGUACACUGAUCUGGAUUUAGCAGGCGAUAAUGCUAAAACUCCAAUGUUUAAUUUUGAAAUACAACGCUGGACGCAUGGGAACUACACAGUUCUAGGCGAUAAUGCCAUUUGCGAAGAGAACACUUUAGAUUUAAUAUAUUAUUUAAAUGCAGCAGAUGGUGCUGGUGUGAUAACUUAUCUUGCGCCUGACGCCGAAGAAGUCGAUGAAGCGAUGCAUAAUAAUGACUAUGAUAGUGAUGAUGAAAGUGUACUACUCACCUUAACGCCAGUAGAUAAUUCGCUUAAUAUUGUUUACCGCUGCCUGGGCACUACAAAAUUCACCAAAUACGUUUCACGUAAUACUCCGCUUAAUAAGGGACCAGUAUUUGUUAUUUCCUGCAGUUACAAAGAAUAACUUUAACUCUUUCGUUAACUACUAAUGUUUAAAUUAAUUGAAUGUAGUCAAAUUUGAGCACAAACUAGAUACUACCAACUUUUAUGACGUUUAAUAAAAAAAACAUUUGUUGUAAACUAA